AUGGCUAGUAAAAACUGCAGGAAAGAGUAUCUGUCAGUGAAGGAUCUUGAGAGAGUUUUGGACUCAUGCAAGUUAAAUCUGCACCAAAUCGAUGAAGUUUGGCCAAACCUGUACAUCAGCAAUGUAGGAAUAGCACAGAACAGAAGCGUGCUGCAGAAACUCGGUAUCACUCAUAUUCUGAAUGCCGCUCACUCCAAGAGAGGAAGCAUUGGGGACCAAAACUACUACGGUACCAGCUUUGUUUACUGCGGUAUACCCGCCGAAGACUCCACACACUUUGAUUUGGAUGUUUACUUUAAACCAGCAGCCGAUUUCAUUCAUAAAGCCCUGAACACUCCUGAUGGAAAAGUUCUGGUGCAUUGUAUCAUGGGAAUGAGUCGUUCCUCGUCACUGGUUUUGGCGUAUCUGAUGCUGUAUCACGACAUACCUCUACACAUGGCCAUCCGGCGUGUCAUCCAGAAACGAGCCAUCUACCCCAACAGGAACUUCCUGGCUCUGCUGUUAGAUCUGGACCUACAGAGGAAGAAGAAACACAGAACAUGUGUCCUGCUGUAAACAGCUAAGAACAAACGCAGGUGGAUCAAAUGAUGAAUAUUAAACGGCUGCUUUAAAUGAUGAACGGUGAUAAGGAUGCUGGAAUACUAAGAGUCGACUCAAGAUAUUGGGAAGAGACAGGAUGCUUCCUGAAUCCGUGGACAACACAUGAAAGACGGCAAUCAGUCACAGCAGAAAUACUGAUGAUUUUCCAGCUGGAAAGACCACACAGCAAAAAACAAAACAAAAAAAAACAACAAAUGUAAUCAGUAUUUUUGUCUUGUUUUCCAGUAUAAAUAUCUUAACAUCCUUAAAACAAGAUUUACUUGAGAAGCAAAAAUUGUGUAAAAUAAUAAGAUUUACUUUCUGAUAAUAUAUCUUGAAUUAAGUUUAUUUAUUAAGCCUUUUUUGUUUGUUUGUUUGUUUUUUAUGAAAAAGGAAAAGAGUUAUAAAGUUUUAAAACUGUAUGUAAGUUAGCAUCUGAAGUAAAUAUAUCUUGUUUGAAAUAUCUAAAGGAUGUUUAGACAUUUUUACUGGAAAACAACACAAAAAUACUGAUUUCAUUAAUCAUUUUUGCAGUGUAAUUAUGCCUGCAGAAAUUUCCAUGCUGGUUCAGGCUGAUUUAAAUUGAUUAGCUGGUCAACCUAGCUGAACAACAAGUACUGCUGGUUAAGCUAGUUAAGCCGCCUGGUUAGCAUCAUAGCAUCAUCCAGACACAAUGUUGGUCUUUUAAACAUGGUGCAUUAUAAAUACUGUGAAUUCUGACCACUGUAAAAGAUAUAAAAAAGCACAUCAUACACAAACACACAUAUUCAAGCACUUUUACAGAGCUUAGAUGAUCCAGAAACAUAUUUAGAGAAAGAUUUAAGACCGAAAAAUACAUCUAUAAUAAAGAAUAUUGCAUAAAUGCACUCACACUUAUACACAUAAACAACACUCUACCUCUCAUGUAAUGUACAGUACAGCUAACACUGGACCAAAACACUACAAACUCAUGCAGACAUACAGUACAUUAGAGUAUUUUGACACUUAAGAUUUUUUAACACUGAAUAAAAUGUGUGAAUGUCAUUACAUUAAAUAGGAAAAUAUCAAAGCAAGUGUCUCAAAUGCUGCUCAGGCUUUUCUCAGAACAAACUUCACUCUUAUGAGCCAAGGCGAUUGUUAAUGGAUGUAUGAAGUCUGUUCCAGAAAGUGUCCAAAUUCUUCUUUGUCUUCAUUUUUAACACUAUAUCUACUGUUUUAUCAUUUCAUCAUUUUUGUGGAAUUUUUGCUUAAAAAGUGUGCUUGUGCUACCUUUACUUUUUUCAAAUAAAUGACCCUUUUUUUUCAUAUUUUGUUAUCUAAUGCAAUGACAUUUAGACGGUUUUAAGUACAGUCUGGCUUAAAGGAAUAUUCCGGGUUCAACACGAGUAAAGCUCAAAUCAACAUCAUUUGUGGCAUAAUGCUUAAUAUCACCAAAAAAUAAUUUCAACUCAUGCCUCAUUUUUCUGUAAAAAAAAAAAACAAAAAGCAAAAAUCGAGUUUUCAGUGAGGCACUUACAAUGGAAGUCAAUGGGGUACAUUUUUGGAGGGUUUAAAGGCAGAAAUGUGAUGCUUAUAAUUUUAUAAAAGCACUUACAUUAAUUCUUCUAUUAAACAUGUGUAUUAUUUGAUCUUAAAAGUUGUUUAAAUCAUUAUUUUUAUGGUUGUUAUAGGGUUUUAGAGAUAAAGGUGUUAUGAGGUCAUGGCAGUAAAGUUGUAAAAUUGGAUUGGUAAAAUUUAUCACAGUAAAAUCAUGUUAAAACGCAAAUUAUUUAUGUCUUGUGCCUAUACUUUUGAAACAGUGAGUAUUUUCACAUUUUGUCCCGAUUGACUUCCAUUGUCAGUAGUGGUUCUAGCUUGUAUGGCGCCCUGGGGGGGGGGUGAUUGU